GUUACUGUUGGACAUAGCUUUGGAGAAACUUCAACAGACGAAGGCUGUAAUGUCAGGAUUUUGCUGUGCGUCGUCCCCCUUCCCCCCUGCAGUUCCCAGGGUAGGAAGGUGCUGAGAUGGAAGCCGAGGGACGCCCGCCCACCUGCCACCACCUGUUCCCUCCCUCAGCCCUCUGCUAUAAAUUCUCCUCCUUCAAAGAUUCACCCAGCACUCUCCGACAGCUACUGAGGAAAACCGCUUCUUCCCUAUCUGAGCAUCUGGAAAGAUUUCGUCUUCCUGAAAAAGAAGCCUCAGGCUUUCCCAGAGGACUUGAAAGGCCUUCCCUAAACCAGCCACACCAAAUUCCGCAGCAAGAAGGUUCCCUUCUCUUUUCCAACUUCACGUUGGGAAAAUGACUUUCUCUUCAGCAUCUCAGUUUCCCCUAAAUUUGGGCCAGUGAAAAGACAUCAAUCUGGUUAUCCAGUAGGACAGAAGCGGGGUCCCGUACUCCCCACUGUUAACUCUAAUUCCAAGCGAGUUGCUUUGUGUAUGACUUACUUGCUCAGAAGAGCCACGUUGGGGAGCCGCUCAAUAGACGAGCCCGCGCACACGUCCUAAGCGGGCGAGUGAGCUCAGCGCCUCCCUCCUUCGGGACGGGGAUGAAGUCCUGCAAGCCCAGCAACCCAGCGGCGGCACCGCGCGCCGCGCCCCCGUGCGCAGGCGGCGCCGAGUGCGCGGGUACGUGCGCCGGGGCCGGGCGGCUGGAGAGCGCGGCGCGCAGGCGCCUGGCGGCCAACGCGCGUGAGCGCCGUCGAAUGCAGGGACUCAACACGGCCUUCGACCGCCUGCGCCGGGUGGUGCCCCAGUGGGGCCAGGAUAAAAAGCUGUCCAAGUAUGAGACCUUGCAGAUGGCGCUGAGCUACAUCAUGGCGCUGACCCGCAUCCUGGCCGAGGCCGAGCGAUUCGGCUCCGAGCGGGACUGGGUCAGUCUCCACUGUGAGCACUUUGGCCGCGACCACUACCUUCCGUUCGCGGGCGCGAAGCUGCCGGGUGAGGGUGAGCCCUACGGCCAGAGGCUCUUCGGCUUCCAGCCGGAGCCCUUCCAGAUGGCCAGUUAGGGCGCGCGGCCCUGCCAGGGUGAGACGCACAGCGAUCGAGCACCGGGCCUAUCGGAAUCGUAGCCCUUUCCCCAGUAGGUGGCCUAGGAUGCGUUCUUAGAAUCAAAUAGAAAACUUUCAGAUUA